GGGCGACAGGCCACCUGCCAUAGGGGCUUGCCCUGUUCAGAUCCCCAGCCCUGCCUUUCAACUGGGAGCCAAGUUGGGGUUCUUUCAUGUGGUUCUGAUCUCCUUAAGACGUCAGCAAAUAUUGAACAAGACUGAGUCCAGACUCAAACACAUCUGUUGUCAUAUAGUCUCCACUGUUAGGCACAGACAAGCAGCGAGAGAGUGAACACCAGUGGGUCUGUUGCAUUAGCUUGGAUGUGUGGACAGAAAGCUAUAGUUUAUACUUUGCAAACACAAAUGCUCACUUUUGACGAGCUUAGGCUAAACCAUGUUCCACUGUAAACAAAUAUGGGGCUGUGUGAAAGAAAUGGAGUUUGGUAUGACAAGGCAGCCACCGACUGCCAGAUUCGUGCUGAAGAUCAGAGAUGAGAUAAGACGAACAGAUAGCCAACAUUUCAUAUGCCUCAGUCAUGUUGUAGAAUCCAUCAGCAGUAUUUUGGGACCGUUUUGGACAGAUAAGAAGGACAGUUGUAUUGUAGAAUUAGGAUAGAUUAUGGAAUUAAGUAUUUUUCUCAAAUACUUGGAGCUAUAAGAGAACGCAUAUUAGAGGAAAUGUUAUGCAUGCAAGUCUUAAAACAGACAAAUAGCAUCACAAAUGCAAAUAAUUAUUCAAACCAACAACAAACAGACGGACUGGCAGUCCAUAAACAGGCUGUUAAACUUGCUGUACUAUGAGCUGAACUGUUUUAUCAUAGUCUCUAUGCUUCAGGGCACAUUUUAUCUCCUGUAACUCUGUAUUAUAUACUCAUUAUUUGCCACCAGAUUUUUUUUUUCUGACCCUGAAUGACUGAAGUAAUACUGUAUGUCCAUCCAUCACAGAAAACUUGGGUAGGACUCAAUGCUUGACUGAAGCAUUCUCACAGUCGUUGAAACUCACCUUGUGUGACUGGUAAAGCUAGUUUCACCCAGUUUAGACUCUCCACCAAUCACCUGCCCUAAAAAGUUGUCUUGAAGCAGGAAAGGGCACUAACUGCAUGGGUUGUUGCCUGAAACAUUUCCUCUUUGACAUCAUAGUUAGGAUGGUUGAGCUGCCUCUCUGGAAAAUUACUGGAGAGUGAUUCAGUGUGUGGCUUUGUCAAGCAGUACGGAGGAGAUCGACUGAUCAGGUAAAGUAUCAUGCUUGGUUGUCUAAACUAUAGUAGAAUAAUCAAGGGGGUAAUGCCAUAUGGAAUCAUUUAGGUUAAGUAGUUUAGCUGAUUUAAAAGCAGGUAGGAAUUUGUUGUGUUUUAUUUCAGUAGAUCGAGACAGAAAAUUGGCAGAACAAGGUGGAGUCUGAUGUGACACUAAUUAAAAUGGCAGACAAACAAUAGAGACAGAUGUGAUGUUGUUUGUAUGGUAACAAACUCUCUGAAGCGCUUAAUCUGCCCCUGUGUCACUACAUCUUGACCUUCACCUUAUGUAAGGACACAAUAAUGGUUUCAAUAGAUUCAGUUGUGACUUUAUAAAAUAUUAUUUUUAGCCGAAGUGUAAGACAGGACAUGUAGUGUGGGACACAGUCAGAAAAUGUCUUUAAAUGAUAGUUUGAUUAUUUUCAACAUUUUUUUUGUUUAUUAUGUAUUUAUAAUAUAUUUCCUUGUGCUGACUCUGCUGUAUGGUAGGACACCUUGUUGUAUUGUGUUGGCCCAUACACAUGUGACACAAAGGACACUGAUAUCACCUUUUUUCAGAAAAGGGAUCAUUCAAGAUGGAAGUCAAGAAAAAGAACUUCUUUGAUAACUUCCUUAAAAAAGCAAAGAUUGGCAACCCGAAGAAGCUACCGAAGAAGCCCCUUGCCAAGCAGGGAAGGAACCUGGCCCAUCGGCGCAGUAUUUCUGUACCAGAUCUAAGGUUUGUGCCAGGUGAAGAAUUUCCUACAGAGAGGGCCUUAGAGACUUCUGCCUCCGAUGCCAUCUUUUUCGGUCACUCCCCUGGUCAAAGCGAUACUGAUUCUAUUGCAAGUGGCUCUAUUGCAAGUGGCUCAAUUGAGGCGACCGAUUCAGUCUCAGAAAUUAGGUUCAAAGUUCCCACAGAUCGCACAACUGCUGCUCUGUAUAGAGCAAGUGCACCACCGGGGACCCUUUACGAAGAAACUGAUGAUAUGAUACGGAACAAAGUGAACUUGAGUCAAGAAUGCUUGUAUGCUCAAGUAAAUAAAAGAGCCAAGGGGAAUGUACCUAAAUUUACAUAUGAGCCCAUUCCUGCACCAAGAUCUGUUUUUUACAACGACGCACGUUCACCAAGACCAGACCUCGGAGAGAAGGAUAGUCUCUCUGGUGAAGACAUCCAGGCAGAAAGAGCACCUUCAGCUGAUGUUGCUGCAAUACUGGCCAGAGCAAGCUCAAUGGGUGACCAAAUUAACCCUUACACAGAAAAGAGGCCCCCAUCAUAUGAGUAUAGAAAGUCAUCAUCUGAAAAAGGAACUCCGCCAUCAAGCAGAGCAAAUGCUUCUGCAGAUACGAUGUCUCUGACAUUAGAUACUCUGGGUAUUCCUUUGGAGAGUGCAGAUAGAGUCUCUCUGGACUCUCUCUGUGGUACACCAAAUGAGGAGCAUGUCAACAUGCCGUGCAUAACAGAUUCGGAAGAACUGGACCGGGAACCCUUCUCUCCCUUUUUGAUGAGAGACUACUCCCUGACAGAGGCUCUGCUAGAAGAAGCCCACCCUGAGGAAGAAGCAGCAGAGAUGUCCAGUGAAGCAUUUGAUUUCUUUGACGAAAACAUUCAAGAUCCUCUGGAAAACUCUCAGGUUACAACAGCAGGGCCUGACGUCCAAGUUCCUCUCGUGUGCCAGAAGUACCUCCUAAACAUCAACCUUAAGCAGGGGAGGAACCUGGUCAUCCGAGACAAACGCUCCGGGACCAGUGAUCCUUAUGUAAAAUUCAAACUCGAAGGAAAACAGUUCUAUAAAAGCAAAGUAGUUUAUAAAAGCCUGAAUCCACGGUGGAACGAGUCCUUCUCCCAUCCUCUUCAAGACAGAGAGCAUCCCGUGGAAGUUCGGGUCUACGAUAAAAAUAGGACCACUGAUGACUUCAUGGGUUCCAGCAGCAUUACCCUGAAUAACCUUGAAUUGUACAAAACCUAUGAAUUGGAGCUGCGCCUGGAUGAUCCAAAAAGUAAAGAAGAUGACAUGGGAGUUAUUGUUGUUGACAUCUGCUUAAUGUUUAGAGACGCUACUCUCAAAAGAAGCCCUAGAUGGCCACCAAGGAAGAAUAAGCCGAACCAGGCCUCACCAUCCCCUCGGCCAGCUGAGAUGCAGAAGAAUCAGCAGAAGAGCCAGAUGUGGACUGGGAUGCUCGGUAUCACCUUGGUGGAGGGACAGGACCUGCCGCAACAUGGCCACGGGGACAUUUAUGUCCGCUUUCGCCUUGGUGAUCAGAAGUACAAGAGCAAGAACCUUUGCAUUCAGGCCAAUCCCCAGUGGAGAGAGCAGUUUGACUUCAAUCAGUUUGAAGAUAACCAGGAACCUCUGCAGGUAGAGGUGUACUCCAAGAGAGGGAGGAAGGGUGAGGAAUCAUGGGGGAUGUUUGAGAUUGACCUAUCGAGACUUUCACUUAAUGAGAAGCAGCUCUACACUCAGGUGCUGGACCAAGGAAAGGGCAGGCUUGUGUUAUUGGUCACCCUGAGACCUUGCUGGGGUGUGUCCAUCUCUGACAUGGAAACAGCUACCUUGGAGAAGCCUGAUGAGAGAGAUGCAGUGGUGGAGAAAUUUAGCUUAAAGAACUCGCACAAGUGUGUGGGGGAGGUUGGCUUUCUUCAGGUGAAAGUUGUAAAAGCAAAUGAUCUUCCUGCCACAGACCUCAAUGGAAAAAGCAAUCCUUUUUGCGUUGUUGAGCUUGGUAACAGCAAACUUCAAACUCACACAAUCUACAAGACCCUCAAUCCGGAGUGGAACAAAGCAGUUACAUUCCCAAUAAGGGACAUCCACGAUGUAAUAGAGUUGACUCUCCUUGAUGAAAAUGGAGACAAAGCCCCAAACUUUUUGGGCAAAGUGGCCAUUCCAUUACUGACUGUUCAGAAUGGGCAGCAGAUAUGUCUGUUGUUGAAGAAAGACGACUUGGGAAGUACAUCUAAAGGAACAAUCACACUGGUGCUGGAAGUGAUCUAUAACAAAGUCAGAGCUGGUAUCAAAACCUUCCAACCGCAGGAGACAAAAUUAAUGGAGGAAAACGUGAAGUUCUCCAAAAAGGUUCUUGCCCGGAAUAUAUAUCGGGUUCGAAAAAUCAGCACAGCAGUUCUGUACACGUUACAGUACAUUAAAAGCUGUUUUCAAUGGGAGAGCACGCAACGGAGUCUAAUAGCCUUUCUGAUCUUCCUUGUGACGGUGUGGCACUGGGAACUCUUCAUGCUGCCCCUCUUCCUGCUUCUGCUCAUUGGCUGGCAUUACUUCCAGCUCUCUGCAGGCAAGGCCAGCUCUAACCAGGACCUGGUGAACAUGAGCAUGGGUGAAGACGAAGAGGAAGACGAGAAGGAAUCCGGGAAAAAGGGUUUGAUGGAUAAGAUACAUAUGGUGCAGGAAGUAGUGCUGGUUGUCCAGAACGUUUUGGAGGAAAUUGCAAACAUCGGAGAGCGAAUCAAGAACAUUUUCAACUGGUCUGUUCCUUUCCUGUCGUGCCUGGCCUGCUUGGUGCUGUUUGUGGCAACAGCGCUAUUAUAUUUUAUGCCACUGCGAUAUAUUGUGCUGAUAUGGGGCGUUAACAAAUUUACCAAGAAGCUGCGCAACCCAUAUACUAUUGACAAUAAUGAAAUACUGGAUUUCCUCAAGAGGGUGCCUUCUGAUGUUCAAAAGGUGCAGCACAGCGCGCUGAGAGCGCCCACCAGCCAGAACCAGCCGCGGAAGAAAAGGUAGGCUCCACGGACACGCUAGAUGAAAGGCUGGUCUUCUUUUGAGUACGGUACGACGCAGUCCACCUGACAACAAUGCUCCAGUGCCAGCAGAGCCUGUGACCCCAUGCACCCCACCAUACCACCCUAACUCUGCCCCCUGCUGCUGAGGGGCAGCCAGCCGCUCUCUGGCUUGUGUGUUUGCCACCCCCCUGACAGAGGCUGUGAACUGCAGCAGCUAGGAGGGCAGCACAUGGCGCUGUCAAUCACAAGCCUGGAGGUAAAGAAAAGAGAGCGCUGUAAGGCUCAGCCUUCAUCUUCGGAUAUAAUUUAGAAAAGGAUUGAAAAGCGUCGGGUUUGGCUUACCUUAGAGCUCCUCUGUUUUGCUUUUUCUUUACUUUGCUGAAACUAAGAAAUUUGCCUUCAGGUUAAAUACAAGCUUAACAGUUUAUGGAAAACAAACAAUGGCAAUAUUUUUUCUUCAUCCAUGUGUUAAUAUAAUUGAAGGUCAAAAGGUCAUGUAUAUGGUAAAACAUUUUUUUAAUCAAAAUAAUAUGUGUUGUUGCGCAUUUAAAAUUUUAGCACAGAGUGAAUGUAACUAUUCUUUUUGUGGUAAGGAUUAACUGUAUAUAAUGUAAUGCUGUCAGCUUUCUAAAUAUUAAUUCAGCUACAAAUAUAUAUUUAUAAACUACAUUCUUUUUACAUUACUGUAUAUUAGACUGAUUAAUUUUAGACUUUUAUUUUUACUCUGUAUCUUGUCUGCAUCAUCAAAUGGAAAAUUUGCAAGAAUCCUGAAUAAAGAAUCUUGAUCAGUUUGA